AUGCAUCCGAUUUACGAUAUUAUACAAAAGAAGAUGAUCCCAACGCCAUAUCCCGGAAAACCACUUGAAGUACAUGUGGGCUUCUAUGUCGAAAGCUUGGGAAAUUUCCGGAGUACAGAAAUGACCUUCGACAUGGAUCUAUACAUGUAUAUGUCAUGGGAAGAUCCAACGAUGGCCCACAACGGCACCGACUAUGUUUUAAUAAACGAUAAAGAGGUCUUGGAACGAAUGUGGCUGCCCGAUCUCUAUUUUGCGAAUGCUCGGACUGCCUACUUCCACGAGGUCACUGUUCAUAAUUUUAAUAUGUUCAUCAAUCCGCGAGGUGUCAUUGCAUACGGGACAAGGGUGACUUUGAAUGUCGCCUGUACACUGAAUUUAAUCGACUAUCCACUAGACUCACAACAAUGCUUUAUUAAGAUUAUUUCUUAUGCUCACGUUCAGCACGAAAUGAAUGCGACAUGGUUUGGUGACGGCCCAAUCCGGUUCAACCCCGAAAUUGGACUACCCGAGUACCACAUUGUCGGCUUGGAGCAUACGUAUUGUAACGGAACAUUCCAUUAUACCAUUACACACAAUUCAAGCAGGAUUGGUAAUUUCUCCUGCUUGAUGGGAAUUAUUCAAUUAGAUCGGGCGAUUGGCUAUCAUUUGGUGCAGUCUUACAUUCCUACCGGUCUGAUCGUUGCGAUUUCAUGGGUUUCUUUUUGGAUCGAUCGACGAGCUGUUCCCGCCCGGGUCUCACUCUCCUUUACUACCCUAUUGACACUAUCAACUCAAGGGAAUGGUAUUCGAUAUGGACUACCACCAGUAUCAUACGCUAAAGCUAUUGAUUAUUUCUAUGGAGUAUGCAUGCUGUUCAUCUUCGGUGUACUGCUUGAAUUUGCGCUCGUCAACUCAUAUAUGAGACGCGCGAACAAGUACAAUUAUAUGGCGGAAAAAAUGCAGCAAACGAACGGGACGGCGCCGAGCAAGACGCGGAUAAAUGAUUGUGGGAAUGGGAGCACAGAUUUCGACUCGGAUUCUAGCCCUCAAAAACCACUCAAUCAAAUGAACCGUAAUGCAGCUCAUCUCAUCUACAAGUCAAUGAAGUAUUCGCGAAAAGCAUUGGCCGUCGAUCAAAUAUCAAGAUUUGCAUUCCCAGCGGUUUUCGUCUUUUUCAACAUAAUCUAUUGGAUGUACUACCUAAAAGACCGACCGGCAACCGGCGAAGACGUGAAAAUU